CGAGUAAGGUUGAAAGAGAGCGGAACCGAUCCUAUAACUGCAUAGCAGCGCGAGUUUGUGUCAUCCGGGUUCGCGUCUCCUUGACGUUGUCGCGCAGACUUUCGACCUCUUCUUUUCGGCUGUAUUUACGCAAAGGCAGACGAACGGACAUUCAGUAGCUUGGGAGACAAGGUUCACCAUGUUGACGUUGUUGACAGCAAUGUACAUAGUGGUGCGGGCGGCAUCGUCAGAGGCCGAUCCAAUCCGUGUUCUGGUGACUGGCGCUGCUGGACAGAUUGCCUACUCUCUGCUGUACAGCAUCGCCAAGGGAGAUGUGUUCGGCAAGGACCAGCCUAUCAUCUUGGUUCUGCUGGACAUCCCUCCCAUGUUGCCAGUUCUGGAUGGAGUGGUGAUGGAGCUGCAGGAUUGUGCUCUGCCACUCCUGAGGGAGGUCAUCCCCACCGACAAGGUGGAGGUGGGCUUCAAGGAUCUGGAUGCCGCCAUCUUGGUGGGCUCUAUGCCCAGGAAAGAGGGCAUGGAGAGGAAGGAUCUCCUCAAGGCCAACGUGGCCAUCUUUAAGACCCAGGGGGCCGCCCUGGAGAAGUACGCCAAGAAAACUGUGAAGGUCUUGGUGGUGGGAAACCCUGCUAACACCAACUGUUUGAUUGCCUCCAAGUCCGCCCCCUCAAUUCCCAAGGAGAACUUCUCCUGCCUGACCCGCCUGGACCACAAUAGGGCUCGCUCCCAGGUGGCGAUGCGUUGCGGCGUGCCCGCCGAUGCCGUCAAGAACGUCAUCAUCUGGGGCAACCACUCGUCCACCCAGUACCCUGACGUGCACCACGCCAUGGUCAAGGUGAACAGCAACGAGGUGCCGGCAUUUGACGCCGUGAAGGACGACAGCUGGCUCAAGGGGGACUUCAUCUCGACUGUACAGCUGCGUGGAGCCGCCGUCAUCAAGGCCAGGAAGCUCUCCAGUGCCAUGUCUGCUGCCAAGGCCAUCUGUGAUCAUAUGAGGGACUGGUGGUUCGGCACCCUCGACGGUGAGUUUAUGUCUAUGGGCGUGUAUGCUGGUGGAAACUCCUAUGGAAUUCCUGAAGACCUCAUCUACUCAUUCCCUGUUCAUAUCAAGAACAAGUCUUGGACAAUCCAUGAUGGUCUGCCCAUCAACGACUUUUCCCGCGCCAAGAUGGAUGCCACAGCGGCGGAGUUGGUGGAGGAGCGGGACACUGCCCUCUCCUUUCUGAGCCAGUGACUCGCACCGCCCCCUACAGGCGCGACGCGGCAGUGGCAGUUAGAAGAAGCCCAGAGCCCCCCUGACUCGCGUCUGUGACCAGUACCCGUUCUGUCUGUCUGUGUGUGUGUGUGUGGGGUCCCCUCUAAGUGUGUGUUUCACUUUGUUUCUUUCAGGUAACGGUUAUUAAUAAUAAACCUGUAAUGAAAACACAAUCUAAAUGUUGGCCUUUGUCAGAAGACAUUGGGGAAUAUCCUUUGGGUAGAUAACGCACAAUAGAUGUACUUACUGGUACAAGUUCCAACAAUAAAAACAAAUGCAAAACAGAUCCAACUAA